UAUAUCUGAGGAUGUUGACGUAUGUUGUAUGGCAAUUCUGUCUAUGCAUGGGAUAGGAAAGAAAAGACUAGAAAAUAUUCAAAAGUCUUUGAAGAUGAAGGGCGUUGCACCCCGUGACAAACGGGGAACUAAUGUUAAGAAACAUUCAAAAUCAGAAAAGACAAUUCACGCAGUGGUCACCCAUAUUAACUUACUUAAAUCUCGACCAAGUCAUUACAGUACCAAAAAGACAAGCAAAAAGUAUUUACCAGAAGAGCUAAACGUUAAGAAAAUGUACGGUUUAUACAAGGAGCAAAACAAUCCGCCCGUUUCGCACGAAUUUUACAGAAAAAUAUUCAAUACAAGAUUUAAUUUAUCUUUUGGAUAUCCACGUUCGGACACGUGCAGUGAAUGUGAUCAAUUUUUGGCUAACAUAAAAGUUCUGGAGAUAAAAUUAAAGACAGAAAAUGGGAAUGAAGAAGAAAAGAAAAGAACAGAAGCUGAAAUACAAAAGUUAGGAGUUCUGAACAGAGUGCACAAAGCAAAAGCUGAGAAAUGUUACGAGAAAAAACGAGUAUCCAGGCAAUAUGCAUCCACAAAGGAUGACACAGAAGCUAUUGCUAUGGAUUUUCAAAAGAAUCUGAGCCUACCGAACGUGACGACAAACGACGUUUAUUAUAAACGUCAACUAACGUUUAUUUCAUUUAACAUUCAUGAAUUGGCUUGCAAUAAUGCCAUUUUUUACAUAUAUAAUGAAACAAUUGGGGGAAAGGGAGCGAAUGAAGUUGUUUCCAUGCUCAAUGACUACAUUUUUACGAAACUUAAGCCUAGUGUACUUCAUCUGAACAUAUUCUGCGAUUCCUGUGCGGGACAAAAUAAAAAUUUUACAGUGUUUAGAUACCUUCAUUACGUCGUACAUGUCGCCAAAAGGCUUUCUUCGGUCACAGUUAUUUUUCCUGUCAGAGGACACUCAUAUCUUCAGUGUAAUAGAGACAUGAGUUUUGUUAACCAAAAAAUUAGGGCAGAACUACCACGUGACUGGGUAACCGAAUUGAAAACUUGUAGACAAAAACCCACUCGGUUUGUUGUACACGAUGUUGAUCAAACAAUGCUAAGAAAGUGGUCAGGGUAUUUAGAUGAAAUUUAUAAAAAAAAAUCCCCGUUUGCUUCAAGACCAAUAAGGGAACUUAGGAUCACUCUGAACCAUCCUCGUCUAAUUUAACACCGAUCUUCUUAUAGUGGACACUGGACAUCCUCCGUUAUCCAAAACCAGAUAGAGCCUGGAAACUCUGCGAAGGACUUUCUACCUAUAGGACAGUUUUUCUUACCAACAGGACUGUAUAAUGCUCCUUUGCCGAUCAGCGAAGAAAAAUUUAAAGACCUAAUGCACCUAAAACGAUUUUGUGGGCCUGAAGCUCAAGAGUUCUUUGAAAACCUACCGCAUGGAGAAACAAAGAUGAAAAAGAAGCAAUAAUUCUAAAAAAUCCAAUCCAUAAAAAUUAAUGUAAAUAUGUUGUGAGUUUUAUACUAAUAAAAAUUCACCACUUCCA